AUGCGGCGGCAGUUGUUCUUCCUUCUCCGGUUACUCCUGCUUCUGUUUCUUUCUACGCUUCCAUUAGUCGACUGCCAGAACAGCAGCAUUGCUCCCAUUGCCAACACUGUCUUUGACACACGCUACAACUAUACCCAAUGCCAAGAGUCAACCACAUUCCGGAUACUGGAUGCCCAACGAUCGUUCAAUGGGUCCACAAACUCAUAUUCACUCAACGUAACGGGAAGAUCCUUGAUAUCGGUGGCCAACCUGAGUUCGACAGGCACAUUGUAUGCAUCAGCAAAAGCAGAAGUUAUGCUUGGCAACAGCAUCAUCUAUAGUCACUUGGCACCCUUAUGUCCAGACAUUGUUGGUGGAUGUCCCGUGAGAUCCAAUGAUACGGUAGAGAUUCAACAUGGAUUUACCUUACCCAACACGUCGUUACCAGUGGGAGAUAUCAUUGUACGCUAUUCAACACUCACAGGGGAAAUGGAGCCAUGGUUGUGCCUGACAUUGGCACCUGUGGGAUAUCAGCAUCCUACUUGGAAGUCUAUUUUUAUCUACCUCCCAAUCGCUCUUACAGUGUUUGCCGCUUUUGUAUCAUUCUUUGCUUCCUUUGCCACUGUGCCCGAUACCGAUCAUGACGUUUUCCUCUUUACAUCCAACUAUGCAAUGCUACCAGCAACCCUUCGACUCAAGACACCCGGCUUUUUUGAUUUGAUUUAUCAUGCUCAAUUCAUCGCUCUCUUGGGUCAACUCAAUCUCGAUUAUCCAGCUUUUUAUUCCUUGUUUGCAUCCAACUUUGCAUGGAGCUUUUUGCUAUUCCCAACUCGUUGGAUUCCAGAAUCUGCUACACGUGCCUUGUUUGACAUGGGCUUGGCAAACAGUACUCGACGUCUCGAUGAUAGUCCUAGGAUCGCUGUCAAUGGAACGGGCAUGAACAACUUUGCUAUGGCAACAGGGAUCGAUAUCAACAGCCUGUUCAUGACAUCCUUUAUUGUACUUCUUAUGAUCAUGGCGGGAUGUUUAUUGGUGUGCCUUAUCAUCUGGGUGAUGGUACGUUGCAUGACAUGGUAUGCGCCUCAGCAAUACAAAGCACAGAACUCCAAAGUCGCAAAUUUUACGAUUGGGAUUAUACUUCGAGUAUUGACAUUAUUCUACCUACCAAUGAUGACCCUCUCCUUUUGUCAAUUGAUGCUCCCUGCACCGGUGGUCAUUCUGCUCUUUGCCGCGCUUGUUCUCGUCUUUCACAUUUUCUUGGUGUAUGGAUACAUUGCAUUUGUGCUGUUGGAUGUACGCCCUCCAUCAUUGGUGUUUUCGGAUUUGACAUUGCUCCUUCGUUAUGGAUCAUUGUACAACGCAUACACGGACGACCACUUUCAUUUCUUUUUAUAUGGGCUCAUUCAUCGCAUCAUAACAGGAGCCUUGGUGGGAUGGAUCAACAUUCCAGGUUUAUCACAAAUCUUGGUGAUCUUUGUCUCAGAGUCGUAUUUCCUUCUUCAACACCUGAUACGAAAGCCAUAUGCAUCAAGGCACGUCAACAUGUUGCAUAUCCUAUGUGGAUGUUUCCGUAUUAUCAUUGUGGCAUUGAGCUUUGUGUACAUUGAACCAUUCGGCAUUGCGGAUGUAUCGAAGCAAAUGGUAGCAUGGUCCCAAAUCAUUUUGCAUUUCGCCAUGUUUUUGCUGGUGCUAUUUGCGGUUCCUGUGCGCAACUUGGUGGUGCUCAUGACAGGAUUGGCGGAUGAUGAGAUAUAUGAAACGAGUGCUCCUCCUGCAAGAAUGGCAUGGUGGCGUCGUAAGAAAGGAAGAGGACAACGGAGUAUUGGUGCGUCAACACGAUCAGAGGAUGACAACGACGAUGGGUAUUCACGAUCCGCACCUCUACCACCAUUGACACAUGAUACCAGCAGAAUGAGCUUGCUUAGCAACUUGCAAUCCACUACGACUACGCUUGCUACUAUGGCAGCAGCAGCACCUUUACCAAAAAGAGCAUCCGAUCCACCACCACAACCUCCUCCUCAUCAAUCUGAUAUUCAAGUGCAUAGCAACGGAUGGAAGACAGCAGGAAAGAAACGACGUUCUUUUUUCAACAUAGAUGAAGAUCCAGCCAAUGUAUUACUACAAGACCAACAACAGCCAUCAGCGUAUCAACCAUUGAUCACGGCUUUGCAUGUCAACAAUCCACCUGCUGCCCCUAAUCAAUCACAACAACGACCUUCCUCUUCUACCGCCACCAUACCUUCAUUUUCUCGAAAAGGAUACCAACCUGCACUAGCAUACUCGAUCGAUGAUCCUUGA